AGAACAUUAUAAGCAAACAGAGAUGAAAAGCCAACUUGCAUUCACCAUUUUGUUGGUGACCGUAGCUCUGAUGUUCCUUGGUGCUGCCCCGGUAGACGUGCCUUGACUGGACCUGGUAUCUGGCAAAUGAUAUGCAGUUCUACGUCGUUAGUCCUCUUCUACUGGUCCCACUUUACUUCUGGAAAAAAAUUGGAGGAGCCAUAUGCGCGAUAUGUUUGCUCGGAGUAACAGCAGCUUCUGCUGGUAUUUCCGUAUAUUAUCAGCUUCCAGCUGUGGCUUUCUCAAUUUCGAAAAGCAGUUAUUUCAGAUUGGAAGAAUAUAUGGAUGAUUACUACACAAAACCCUACUGUCGCAUGGGGCCCUACAUCGUCGGCAUCGUAACGGGCUUUAUCCUCUACAGAACUAGAGGCAAAUACAAAAUAAAAAAGCCAUUGAACCUUUUCAUCUGGGUAUGUAUGGCAUCCCUGGCCUGUAUAGUGACGUUUGGUAUUUAUGAGGAAUCGAUCGGGAACGCCAUGAGUGUUGAAAUUGCUGCCCUUUACAACGCUGUCCAUCGAACCUUGUGGGGAGUCUGCGUCUCCUGGGUUGUGUUUGCAUGCGUUACAGGAAACGGAGGUUAUGUGAACACUUCGCUGUCCUGGAGUCCGUUUGUCCCACUUGGACGUCUGUUGUACUGUGUCUAUCUCGUUCAUCCGCUGGCCAUCGAUGCCUAUUAUAUGUCUCGGAGACAAGGGGUAUAUGGGACCGACACCGAAGUAAUUUACGUCUUUCUUGGAAACUUGUUAAUGUCCUACAUGGCAGCAGUUGUCCUUUGCCUUGCGGUCGAGUCCCCAUUGAUGGCACUGGAGAAGACAAUCCUCAGAAAGGACAAAAAGACGAAAUAACCGUUAUAAAGGAACAAGAUGUAACAUCAUAAUCAAGUCAUUGUUUGGUAGUCGAUGACAAUAACAGUAACAAUAACAGCUUGUUUGGUCUUUAUCUAAAUCAGAAAUAAAGGUUCCUUCGUGAUUGACUCUCUGUUAUACUCAUGUAAGUUAAUUGAAAAGAAAA